GACAAUCGAGGCUAUGGUGAGCAGGUGGUUCAAUCAGAGCCAAAUUGAUUGAAGAUUGGGUAAAUUUGAUUGGUUGGAGUACCAGAGAGCCCGGGCCUCCUCCACACUUUCUCGUUCAGGCCACUCGACUAACACGAGGCUCCGGACGCGGCCGCUGUUCAAUGCGCAAAGUACUCUAGCCGAGGAAUUGCUGAAUUGAGAGAGAGCUGCGAAAAGUGAGAGCGAUCGAUCGAUCGAUCUUAUGACGACCGCCUCGGCAGUCACAGCUGCUGUGAGUACGACGACAUGUCUUCUUCCUUCUAAAUCUCAAAGAAGCCGUGGGGAACUUCUGGAAUCUCGGCCUUUGAGACCCGGGAGAACUUCGGGACGUCUUCUGGCUGUCAGUCAAGCUCAGUGGGGUGGUGGUGUGUCUAGGGGAAGGAAUUUGACGACUACUUUGAGACAUAAGAAGAGCUGGAAAUGCUCUUCUGGGCCCCAGAAUUCGGAGACCGACAGCAGUGACGCCACGGAUGUGUCUUCAUCCGGACCUCCAAAUUGCUGCAAUGAUGCAACAGGGCAAGAAUCUCCCAGUGCAUCAGCGGUGGAAAACGUGGCAGCUUCAAGUCCUGGUACUAGCAGUACGCCAGAAUUUGAAACGUUCGGUCCAGGAAAGCGAGGAAAUCAGCUGGUGGCAGUAGCAUCAGUGACGAUUGCCGUGGGGUUGUUUGCACUCGGACGAGUCGGGGGAGCUACACCAAGCCUCCCUCAAUUAGCUGCUCAAUCAAUCCCAUAUGAAGAGGCUUUAGGAAAUGGCAGACCAACAGUGGUGGAGUUCUACGCUGACUGGUGUGAGGUCUGUCGUGAGAUGGCCAAGGAUGUGUUCGUUGUGGAACAAGAAUACAAGGACAAAAUUAAUUUCGUGAUGUUGAACGUGGACAACACCAAGUGGGAAGGAGAACUGGAUGAAUUUGGAGUUGAAGGGAUUCCGCAUUUUGCGUUCCUGGAUGGGAAGGGAAAUGAAGAAGGCAAUAUUGUAGGUAGGUUGCCUAGAAAAAUUCUGAAAGAAAAUCUUGCGGCCCUUGCCCGAGGGGAUAAUACAAUACCUCAUUCUAGAGUAGUUGGUAAGUUUUCUGAUACCGAUUCUAGACAGGCACCACCCGUGGUGGAGCCCCGCAGUCACAGCCAGCUCUCUUGACAUUUUUUUUGUACAAUAUUUGAAGUCUCCAGUCACGGGCUUCGAACAAUUGCUCAUGUUUCAUUACGCCAUUGAAAAUUUGUAUAGUAAAAAUUGGGGCUCAGUAGAGCUGCUCAUACAAUCAUUGAAUAGGAAAAUAGUAACAGUUGGCGUUAAGUGUUGUGCUCAUUGGCGCGACCAGAAUUGUGUGAACGGCCCCUUCGUGUGUAGUAUUAGGAGAUGGAGACCGAAAUGGAAGGAAUGAGAAGAGGAAAGAGUUUAUGCCAGACAAAGAUAUUGGGCUCAACAAAAUUUAGUAGGCAAAACAAAUCGACCGUAGAUAGGCUUCAAGGCGGUCUUAUAGUGCAAUGCUCACAGAAAGCAUAAAGAAUGUAAUGUCUAUGCGCAGGCAAUAAGUACUGAGCGAUGUCUUAACAGAAUAUAGUCGAACCGU